AUGCUCAAAUCCUUAAAAUCAAGAAGAUUGAUCAUAAGACGAUCAGUAAUAUUUUUGCUCUUUUUUUUUUUUUCAUACCUUAUUUUCUCUGCGAGUCGACAUGCACCAUCAUCAGCUAAAGCGAACAAUAUUGAAGGUGAAAGAACAGCUGUUGAAUCAUCUGUGUUUCGUUGGAUUGAGGAAAGGCAACGACAAAUAGAACCCGAAAAUUUUAUAAAACGAUUACUUGCCCACCUUUUACCCUCUUUGAAUAGAACUCCUUAUAAUGAGCGUGUACUGCUGACGCAAUUAGCAAAGAAUGAAAUACUCAAGCGGGACAAGUGCCGUUACAUUUUUGAAGUACUAUAUAAAAUUGAUCCCCAUUGGGAUAAUGCGCAAACCGUAGAUUUUCAUAACGUUGAUGGAAUAGACAACACGUUGGCGUCGCUAUUAGGUGAACGAUUAAGGACAUAUGAUUAUUGCUUUUUGUCAGGUCAAUUAGACCCUACUAAAAUAUUCGAAAACUCAACCGUAAAUCCUUACGAUUUGCAAAACAAAAUAUUUCCAUUUUUGAAAAAAACCAGCAAGGAGUCGAAAAUUGUAAUGUGGCCAGUUAUCACAGAUUUAACGACGGGAGAGUUAGUACCGGCACCCGAAAUUGAUAUGGAACCAUCAACUUUUAAUGGAAAUUUCUGGUCCAACUGGAAUAGCUUGAGUGAAGGAAGAGGCUUUGUCUUGACAUUUGCUGAAAAGGAUGUUCCUUUAUUUUUAAAACAGUUAAAAGUGAUGGAUUUUUUAAGGAACGAAUUACCGUUUCAGAUUAUCACCACAGGAGAGGGAUUGUCAACAGAAUCCAUUGCUGAAAUAUCUAAGAUCGCGAAAGAAGCGAAACAAAAGGUCUACUUAGUAGAUUGUUCUACUGUGCUUGACACUGAAUUUUCAAAGAAAUAUAUUUCUUUCUUUCAGAAUAAAUGGGUUGCCACUUUAUUCAACACAUUUAAAGAAUACAUCUUGUUGGAUGCUGAUGUGGUACCCUUUGUGGAAUCUGAUUACUUUUUUGACUCUCCUUCUUACAGACAAAGCGGGAUACUUUUGUUCAAGGAUAGGGUUAUGAAGAGCGAACAGACUUUUUCAUAUUGCAUCGAAAUGCUGAGGGAAGUAGAACCAUCUGGACAAGAACGCAAAUCGAUCGGCAGCAAGCUAAUCUUCGAUUCGUCCUUGCCGUUCUCUUCCAUAAACUCUGAAGAAGCUUCAGUGUAUUACAACUUCUUUAAAAAAUUACAACUACAUCAUGUUGAUAGUGGUUUGGUGGUAGUCAACAAACUUGAAAAAUUAAAUGGACUACUGAUGUCUUUUAUGUUCAAUUUGAACGGAAAGUUGCAAAGGUGUGUCUAUGGUGACAAAGAAAUAUUUUGGCUAGGUCAACUGUAUGCCGGUCAAGAUUAUUCUAUCAACCCCGUUGAUGGUGGUAUAAUUGGUCCUGUUAUUGAACAGUCCGUAAAUGAUGACGGUGGUCCAAGCAGAAAUUAUUACAUUUGUUCUGCACAGAUUGCACAUAGUGACUCUAAAAAUCAAUUAUUAUGGAUAAACGGUGGAUUGAAGACUUGCAAAUUCUCAAACAGCGCAGCAGAUGACUUUAAUAAAGAACCAGAGUAUUUCAAGAGUAGGUAUAAGGAAGCUGCAGAGUUACAGCGGCUAUACGAUGCUCCACUGAAUGUAGAGGGGCUGAUCAUCCCUGAUGUUUCUGUUAAUCCGUGGAUCCAAAUCAAGGAAUGUUCGAAUUAUAUGUACUGUGCCUAUGCUAAAGGUGAAAAACAAGCAAACUCUAAAAUUGAUUUAGGUCGUGUUAUCAGAUUCACCAGCGAGAAAUCAGAAUAUAUCAAUGGUAUUUCUAGAAUCUGGAAUGCUAGUUAG